UUGUGCAUAUAAAUAGUAAUUGUUUAUUUGUAUCUUAAAGAUUCGUCGCAAAUUACUCUGAGUUAUCCAAAAAUGACGCUACAGUGUCGUACUUGUGGUAAUGUAAUUUACAACAAGAAUGCCACUAAUCUCUUUCAGUUUGAAAACAUGGAAAUCCUAAAAAAUAUACAAAUGGUUGUUGGAACAGCGCUGGAAUGUGAUUCAGAACUACCAUCUCACAUAUGUGGAUGCUGUCUGCUUGAUUUGAAACAAGCGGUAUUUCAUAUUAAAGUAUUUCGAGAGCGAUGCAUUAAGACUCAAGAGAAACUUCAGAGUACUUUAGGAAUUUUAAAGACCUCGUUGCACAUCGAUAGUCAACACAAAGACAGUAUUAAUAAUAUUACAAAAGAAGAUAUUUACUUUGAGAGCGAUGAAGAAAUUCAUGAAAUCGAUGAGCUGGAAGCUGAUGAGGAUGUCGGAGACUUAGAAGAUUUGGUUGGAUUUCAAGAGGAGGAAGACACUGCACAAAAUAUGCCAAUGGAUAUUUUGGAUGAUUCCUCAAUAUCCAGUGGAAAGACUGAAAUGAAUGGCAACGACAGUCAAAAGUCAGUGGAAGAUGUGGAGGAGAUCUCGGUCAAUGAUUUAGGACCAAAUGACAAUCAAGGAUAUUUCUUAAGUUCAAGUGACGUUGCAAGCGAAAGUGCCGAAACAGAUCAUAUUGAAACGGAGAAAAAAAAAAUUUUUAAGGAGAGCAGUCCAGAUCAUAGUGGUAAAAACGACCAGAACAAAUCUCGUAAAGCUAAAGUCAAGAAAAAACGUUACACGAACUGGAAGAAUCUGACAGAGGAGCAAGUAAUUGAACGUAAACGGCAACAACGACUUCGGAACUUCAUCUGUGAUCAAUGUGGCCGGCAUUUCACUGAUCAGAGCAAUUUCAAACUCCAUAUGCUCCGACAUACCGGCAUCAAAAACUUUCAAUGCAAAGAGUGCUCUAAACGAUUUUACACUGAGCACCUGCUGCAGUGGCAUGAAAGAAUCGUGCAUCAGGAUGAGCACCCUUAUUCCUGUAGAUACUGUGAUAAAACUUUUAAAAACAGCACAGGCCGACUAGUACAUGAGCGUUGUCACACCAACGAACGUCCUUAUCCCUGUGAGUUCUGCGGAAAAGCGUUUAGUGCUGUAUCGGGUCUUAAGCGACACCUUUUAAUACACAAUGGCGUUCGCGCAUAUUUCUGCGCCAUAUGCGACAGAAACUUUCAACGUAAUACUCACUUGAAGGCUCAUCUACGUUCAAAACAGCAUGCUUUUAAGCAAGCGAACGAGGAUUUAUUGAGAGAAACUAAGUGAUGAAAUUCAGAUUCUACUGUUGUUACUCCUAUUAAACCGAACCAACUUUUCAAAAUCAAGUAUUUUUCUUUAAUGUACAAAAUAAAUAGUAAAAUC